AUGACUUCCCGCACCCCUCUUAUGGUGCCCUGGAUACGACUGUCUCAUGUCUCCAGGGCAUAUCGCGCUACGCCCAAUCGGCCGUUGCAAGGGCAUGUGAGCCGACAGAGGGCAUCAACCGCUACGCCCGUCGCCAGCAAUGCUGCCACAAUCGGGACCUUACCCCUCGAAGGCUACCGUGUGUUGGACAUGACCCGCGUCCUGGCCGGGCCGUACUGCACACAGAUUUUGGGCGAUCUUGGUGCGGAGGUCAUCAAGAUCGAACAUCCCGUCCGCGGCGAUGACACGCGGGCAUGGGGUCCUCCAUAUGCCACCUACACGGCCAAGUCUGGGCGGGACGGACCUGGGGAGUCGGCCUACUUCUUGGGGGUCAACCGCAACAAGAAGUCUCUAGGCCUGUCUUUUCAACACCCAGAAGGGGUUGAAAUUCUCCAGAAGCUAGCCGCCAAGUGCGAUAUUCUUGUCGAGAACUACCUGCCAGGAACGCUGAAAAAAUACGGACUUGACUUCGAGACUAUUCACAAGAUCAAUCCCGGCCUCAUUUAUGCCUCUAUUACUGGCUAUGGACAAACGGGACCGUACUCGCCACGGGCUGGCUACGACGUCAUGGUGGAGGCAGAAUUCGGCCUGAUGCACAUCACUGGCAGCCGUGACGGCCCGCCCGUAAAAGUUGGUGUCGCCGUGACGGAUCUGACGACUGGGCUAUACACGAGCAACAGUAUCAUGGCCGCUAUUCUCACACGCGCCAAGACCGGUCGUGGCCAGCAUAUUGACUCGGCACUCAGUGACUGCCAGACUGCGACGCUAGCAAAUAUCGCAAGCAGCUGCCUGAUCAGCGGGCAGCCGGACACAGGACGAUGGGGGACCGCACAUCCUUCCAUUGUCCCAUACAGAUCCUUUAAGACCAAGGACGGCGACGUCCUCUUUGGCGGGGGCAACGACCGUCUCUAUGGUAUCCUGUGCCAGGGAAUUCAACGGCCGGAGUGGAUAGCCGACCCCAAGUUCGUCACAAAUGCGCAGAGAGUGGCCCAUCGCACCGAACUUGAGCAGAAGAUUGAAGAGAUCACCGUUACCAAGACCACCCAGGAAUGGCUCGAGAUAUUCGAGGGGAGGGGGAUGCCUUACGCUGCAGUCAACGACGUAAAAACGGCGCUCAAUCACGAGCACACCAAGGCCCGAAAUAUGGUAGUCGAGGUUGAGCAUGAGCAAUGCGGCCCCAUCAAGCUGGUCAAUACUCCCAUCAAGCUCUCCGAGACGCCGCCCACAAUACGGUCGCCCCCGCCUCUUCUGGGCCAGCACACUGAAGAGCUCUGCCACGAGCCUGAAAUCGACGACAGCCUGAUUCAGCACGAAAAUUCCAGCUGGUCCUGUGCCAAGUGCACGGCUGAGCGCAGCCGUCUGGUGGGACCGAAGAGGAUAAAAUUUAUCAGUGGUAACGCGAGUGACAACGGGAACAAGAGGAGACUCGUCUGCAAUUCUGACUUGAAGAAGACGAUCAGCAUUGACCCCCCGACACGGGACGCCAUCCCCGACAGCAUGCGGGUCAGUUGGGCUGAUCAUUCGGCGGGACAGAAAUUGGCCUACCUUUCCACUUUGUCUGGAGGUGAGCUGGUACAGCUUCUCAUACGCAGCACCGAACUACAUCCAGACCUUCCCAUCUUCCCACCCACCACCAAGCCGAUGCCUGCACAGCCACCCGUCAUCGACCACACACUUCGCAACGAUAGUCAGUCCAACACCGGGUCGUACCGCAAGGCCAAGGCGGUACUUGGGACGCAAAUUGACCCCGACGAAGAAGACCCAACGGGCUUAAUGGAUGCGUGGCCCCAGCCCGGUCAGGGUUUGUAUGCCGCGUUGUGCCCAGACGGUGACGACGAAACACUCGUAGAUGACAACGAUUAUGACACGUUUAGUCACAUCAUCUACGAUAACAACGGUCGCAAGGCUCGAGAGAAUGGCAUGGCACUGCUUGUCCAAUGA